UUGAAGCACAGUUGGAAGCUAACUGCCAUCAGCUAGCAGCAGCAGCACCAAAAGGAGCAGCAGACGCAGCAGCAGCAGCAGCAGCAGCAGCAGCAGCAGCAGCAGCAGCAGCAGCAGCAGCAGCAGCAGCAGAAGAAGGAGCAGCAGCAGCAGCAGCGGCAGCAGCAGCAGCUGCGGCAGCAGUAGCAGCAGCAGCAGCAGCAGCAGCAGCAGCAGCAGCAGCAGCAGCAGUGGGAGCAGCAGCAGUAGCUACAGUCAUCCCCAUCCUCCCCUCCUCUUUGAGCCGCCGCGGGUGACAUUUACGACCCAGCUGUCCCUGAC